GAUUUGUCUCAUUCUCACGUGAAAUGGCCACAAAUGAAGAAGGAAAAAGGCCCGGCCAAAAGCUCCAUGCACGGCAUUUUAAGAGGACAAACAAUGCCUCAAAACUCACGCACAAUGCCAACAAAAACGGGCACGGAUACUUGAGCAAAAGGACAAAGCCUAUCUUGGAAGGAUGCACGGCAAUAGGACAAAGGGGGAGCAUCUUGACCGAAUCACCAACACAUGCACGGCUACACAUGAAGCUUUGGACACUCCGCCCAUGCAACGCACACAACCCCACGGCACUAGCGGACAAGCACGGAUCACUUGGACAAAUUGCACGGAUACAACACACUUAUGCACACAUGAUACUACAAGACAUAAGCUUGCACAAACUCACACACAUGCACGGCAAUUUGGACACAAGAGGACAAGGAAGGCGCACGCAGGCCAUCGUGCACGUCGUGGUCUUCAUCCUUGUCCUUGCUCUCGAUCACCUUCUUCACUGUGUCUCGGCAAUGGGUAUCCUCCUCUUGCGCUUUCUGGAGUUCGUCCCAAACAGCCCAUGUUGGUCCCGUCACGGCGUCGAGCUCCACAACAUCCUCUCGCCUAGACAAUGCGCUGGCCACGGUGAGUUAAUCCGUGAGAAGUACUAUCCCACAUACUACCGAGCAGAGAUGGAGCGUCAGUUUCUAUCGCUACAGCAGGGUACUCGUACUGUCGACGAGUAUGAGAGAGAGUUCACGAGACUUGCCGCUUUUGUUCCUGAUUUGGUCCGCACGGAGGCCCAGCGAGCGCAGCGUUUCAUUGACGGGCUUUACCCAGCAGUCCGUCAUAACAUCGUAAGCCACGGGACACAGACAUAUGCACGUGCAGUCUUCAUUGCCCAGGAGGUGGAUGCUAGCCUUAGGAGGGAGGCCGUUCGUGGUCAGUCGUCUUCAGUUCCACCG